AUGAAAGAGAUGGAAAUAAAUAGAGAAGUUGUCUAUGCGCAGGCUUCCAUCAAGGAGAGAGAGAAGGAGGUGCAACGUGCGCUUGCAACCAGCCUACGAGAUAGGGACAAGGAGCGGGAGUACCACAAGAGGGAUGAAGCUGUGCAACACUUCAACGCACUAUUAGCGGACCUGGUGCGCAACCCGGACCUCACUUGGCGGGAAGCUAAGAAACAACUUAAGAAAGAUCACCGUUACAAGUUAGCGGAGUUACUCUCAAAAGAGGAUAAGGAGAGGUUGUUCUCUCAGCACACGAGCGUGCUGGCGAGCAAGCGGCGCGACAAGCUGCGCGCGCUUCCCACUAUCACCAAUAAGAUGGAGCGCGAGUUCCGCGAGUACCAGCGCGACAAGCAGAGCGGCGCGAAGGCGGCGCUGCGCCAGUUGCUGCUGGAAUGCCGCGCUAUCACACAUCGCAGCUUCGCCGCGGUCAAGGACAGUCCAGCGGCGCUCAAUGCCAUCACUGACACGCUGCAGCAUGACGCCAGGUAUCUAUAUAAUGAAGAGGAAAGAUAUACAGCAUUGGAGCACGCGCCGGGCGAGCGGCUGCAGACUAUAAUGUCCCACUUGGAGGAGCUGCACAAGAAGGGCCCUCCGCCGCCGCCCACCGCCAGCGAGCCCACGAGACGACCUAAAUGA